CAUUAAUUUAAGCUGCAGAAAGAUGCAACAAUUAUUCAUUGCCCUCUUCAGAUUAUUAUCAACUUUUCAAUAAAAUUUUAAACUCUUCGUUUGCCGAAAGAGAGUCUAAUUCUUAUCAGUUAUUUUCUGUUUGUUAGUUUCGAAUAGGGAGUUCAGUUUGAAAUUGGUCAGCUGGCGCAAUGAAAGUCGCGUGUGGGAUUCUGUUGUUCUUCGGAAUAGUGUCCUUUAUUUCAUCGGAAUUCUGCGAUAAUGGAACUGGAGAGUGCAAAGAUUUGAGUGCCACGGACUGCCCGGUCGUAUUUUUCAACCUGGCUUCGAUGGGACGUUCCGUGAAAUAUUGCGACGAGUUCAACGACAUCGUAUGCUGUCCCCUGCCAAUUUAUAUGCACAGCCAGUCGCAGCAAUUUUCGGUCAACACCGGGCUCAAAAGAUUCGAGAAGGAAUGUCGUCGCUAUAACGAGAUAAGAGCUUCCUGCCGCUCCACGCCGCUGAUUGUGGGAGGCGCCAAGGCCGCCGGCCGGGAAUUCCCCUUCAUGGCGCUACUGGGGCAGCGUGGGAAAGACUCUCCGCAGAUCGACUGGGACUGCGGGGGCACCCUCAUCCACCCCAAGUUCGUGCUCACCGCCGCCCACUGCCUGGAGACCAGCGAAACCAAGGAGCAGCGCCUGGACCCCAAUUACGAUGGACCCAAGUAUGUGGUCAGACUGGGAGAGCUGGACUACGAGAGCAGCUCGGAUGACGCCCAGCCGCAGGACUUCCGGGUGGUCAACUACGUGGUACAUCCUGCAUAUGGCGAGGACGACGACACCGGGAGCCGCAGGAACGACAUCGCCCUGGUGGAACUGGACAGGGAGUCCUCUCUGACCGAGUACGUGGCUCCCGCCUGCCUGCCACCCACCAGUGGCAAUGACCUCCUUCAGGUGACAGCUGCGGGAUGGGGCGCCACCGCGGAGGGCGGGCACUCCUCCUCGCAUCUGCUGAAAGUAACCUUGGACAGAUUCGAGGAGCGGCAGUGCAGUCAGCGGCUGGGGCACAAAGUAGACCUGCGAACGCAACUGUGUGCGGGCUCCCGGAACACCAGUGCGGAUACUUGCUAUGGCGACUCCGGCGGACCCGUCUUCGUCCCGCACCCCGCGUACCCCUGCCUCAAGCAGGUGAUUGGCAUCACCUCCUACGGACUGGUGUGCGGCACCCAGGGACUCCCCAGUGUGUACACCAAGGUGCACCUCUACACCGACUGGAUAGAGAACAUCGUGUGGGGAGAGUAGGACUCCAAGUGUAUGAGUAUAGUUUGCAACUCUAUAUGAGAGGAAACCACAGAACUCUGCUCUUUGGGUUAAUCCUGAAUGAAUAUAUUGUAUGGCCGAAAUCCUGUAUAACAUCUCUUUAAGGGUUAUCGUACUGCUUUUAGUGAAUAUUAUUUUCUUAAAGGUGGUUAACUUAAAAUAAUGUUCAUAAAUAUGUACAAUAGCUUAUUCAUAUAUAUGCAUAUUGAUAGGUUAUUCAAAGAAAAACUCUCACUUUAUCAAUACUUAUACUUUAUAAGCCAUUAUAUUGCAUUUUCACCUAUGUACCUCUGUCUUACUUGAAGGUAAAACAUAAAACACUUCAACUUAAAAUCAAAUGAUAUUAAUAAUAAAACAAGGCAUUAACGACUACAAACAAUA